GAUCGGUUACGGGCCUUCAAGAGGCGGCGGGAGUCUCCCACAUCUUCCUCCGAGUCAUUAUCGGCAGACGAAUCGAAGAAGCCAAGAGGCAGGUCACCCGGUUGGCUGAGCAAGAUGCAUCGCAAUCGCUCUUCUUCAAAGCGCUCUUCCUCUCCUAAUGUUGUCCCGGAGGACUCGUCUACUUUGCCUCAAAUGGACGGAUCGUGCCUUCGCAAGCCUGCAGCACCAGCAGCAGUGGAAGAGCCCAGGACUGAAGAAGCAAAGCCUCCCGAACUGCCUGCCUUCUUGAUGCUCACUGAUGCCGUACAGUGAGCUCAAUCGACUGGAGAGCGAGCGCGUCUCACUCUCCAAACAACAGGGCGGCGACGGCAGCGAGGGUGAGUGGGCAAGAUUGGAUCCAGAUCCAGUCCUUGAUCGAUACAACAAUAUCCACCCGUGGGCCAACAACCGUAUUAAGCUCCAUGUUCCCGAAGGAUUCAACGAUUAUAUCAAUGCCUCGCUAGUCACGUUAGUCUCCACCUCCGGGAAACAGAGUGCAUUGAAAUCCGGAGUACAGGACAAAUACAUUUGUAUGCAAGGUCCUAAGAAGCAGACCGUCGAUCACGUCUGGCACAUGGUAUGGCAUGAGGCUGCUACACCAUACAAUUCUUCACCAGCAGUGAUCCUCAUGUUAAGUCCGACCCAUGCACCAGCGUCAGAUGACCCAACAAAGACAUUUGAGAAAUGUUUUCCGUACUACCCAGUAGACGAGAACUCGCCACCUCUCAAAAUCAACGAGAAAAACGACCUCGGGGAAGACUUCAAGGCUGAAGUUCGGUUUAUUUCCAGGGAGCCUAGCAUAGAAGGCACAGCUAUUGAAAUUCGAAAGCUCGCCAUGACAGUUGAGGGAAAUGAUGAAGAGAAGCCGAUCUGGCACUACUUGUACCCAAAUUGGCCCGAUUUCGGUGCUCUGGAAGAAGAAAACGUAGCCAGUGUCCUGGGUCUAAUGGAUAUCUCUCGAAAGCAGAACGGCCAGGGAGAGAACCCUCGUAUCGUCCACUGCAGUGCUGGUGUUGGACGAACCGGUACUUUUAUCGCUCUGGAAUUUUUGAUGGGAGAAUUGCAAGGUGGUGCAUGGGAAGGUUGGGACCAAGGCCCCAUGGCUCAUACCGAUCCUAUUUACGAUACGGUCAAUCAGCUUCGCACGCAGCGAAAGACCAUGGUUCAAGCCUAUGAGCAAUAUGCUUUCCUUUACGAGGUGUUACGGAAGAUAUGGGAGGAGAAGUACGGUACGGUAUGUGGAGGAGGAGACUACACGCACCAGGAGAAGCAGACCCAAAUCUGUGGGAUUGACUCUCCUCAGAGGUAGUGGCUUGUGAAUAUCGUCUGCGGAGGAGCAUUGCAUGGAGUCGGGUUCGGUCAGACUACGUGUACUGAUUCCCUUUCUUGUAUC